CAAUGACGCACACAGGGGCAGGGUCUUUCACAUAUUUUUCUACAAAGUUCUUGUCUGAAGUUCGCUGAGACAUUUUCUUUUCAUCUUCUUCACAGGGAAAAUAGGAUGCAAUUUUACCGCAGAAUAACUUUGGCACUGGCGAUAAUAUGCCUGUUUGGGCACAGUGGAUUCGUGAGCUCAGGAGCACCAACCAAAGGCAGAUAUACAUGGGUGAAGUGCAAACCUGAAGACCAGAAUGCUAACUGCGUCACACAGAUGGGCCCCUUGGUGCCACUUGAAGGGAAAAGUCCACGACUUCCACGUUCUGCUGUGAAAGACAUAUUCCCAGUUAGCACAGAGGAAAUCACUCCUGAGAUGGAGGAACAAUCAGGAGAGGGUUCAGGUAACUCAGACACAAUGAUUUUUCUGAGAGAUGGUCCAGAGCAGGAGCUUAACACGAAUGAAAAGGAGACAACAACAGCUUGGAUAGAGGCCAGUGGAGACAUUGAUUAUUCCAACUUUGUCUUCCCUGAAAAAAUAGAUGAGCUUUCUGAAGGAGAUUUGAAAGAUGAAAAUAUGAUUCCGUGAAGAGAUUAAUCCACCCGAUGUUUCUUUUUCAUCUGUACAAUGUGAAAUAUGCAGAAUAUUCCUUCUUGGUAAAAUAUAUAAUUAAACGUGAUAUGCUCUGCAAGCUCUAUUUAUAUUGAUAAAGAUUUUCUAUUAAAAAAGUAUUAUUUUAUUUACUCUCAAUGUCUACAGUGCUACCCCUAAUCACAUUUGACAUAACUAUCAAAACAAUCAUUUGAGUUUUGGGGAAUAGAAUAUUGUUUAUGUAAAGGCCAACCCAAGAAAAUGUUGGUACUUUUUUAAUCUUUAUGUUGCCAGUAUUGUAUUGUUUAAAGUGUUGAUCAUUAAAUAAAAACAACUUUUAAACUAUAUAGCAU